UCCCAUGCUCGCCUAUGGACACGCUAUAUGUCAGGGAAAGCUGAUAUGGUCCUUGUAUUCAGGUUCCGGGGUGCAAUACAUCUAGUGUUGGGAUGAUAUAACAGGGAAAUCAGCCGACAGUUUCGCAGUAGUGUUGAAUAUGAGCAGAUGGGAUGGAAGACACAGCGCGCGCCACUGAAAUAAUAGCGUCGCUGUAGUUUCAAGGGACUAACAGGAUACCAUUGGGCAUUAUACAUUUUCUCGGAGCGACUUUGGAAAUACAGAAAUUUGUGGCACAUGGCAGUUCAUUGAUUUUGCUCAAGCAGCGAUGAAUACAAUAGUCUUCAGUAAGCUUGAUCACCUGCGCUUUGAGGAAAGCGAAAAAAGUGUGGAAAGGACCAGCAGGAACUAUUUAGAUGUGAUCGACAGACACAAUCCAGAUUUACUGUCAAGCCACAAAGUGAUGGAUGACACCGACUCUCUCAAACACAGGAGAAAUGGUGGAGGGAAGGUGCGGCACAAACGUCAAGCCCUUCAGGAUAUGGCUCGACCCCUGAAGCAAUGGCUCUAUAAGCACAGGGACAACCCUUACCCCACCAAGACUGAGAAGAUACUGCUUGCUCUGGGCUCCCACAUGACCCUGGUUCAGGUCUCAAACUGGUUUGCGAAUGCAAGACGUAGGCUCAAGAACACAGUGCGACAGCCUGACUUAAGCUGGGCUCUACGCAUAAAACUCUACAACAAAUAUGUCCAAGGCAACGCAGAGAGACUCAGCAUUAGCAGCGAUGACACAGUAUCAGACGAUGAAGAGAACACUUUACAGAUGCAGACCAGUGAAUCAAACUUUAAUAGACCCCCGCACAAGAGUGUCAUUCAGGACAGUAGGGGCAAAGGGGUGGGACGAAGUACAGUUUGUAAUGAUUACGUCUCUCCACCGAAAUACAAGAACAGCUUGCUGAACCGUUAUUUAAAUGAUUCCCUUCGGCACGUAAUGGCCUCUGAAAAAGUUCUGGACUCUCGGAAGAGGAACCAUUCUGGAUCGUUUAGCUCCAACGAGUAUGAGGAAGAUCUUCUCUCGCCCUCAUCAUCAGAAGCCGAGGCAAACAUCACAUACCAUACAGUGACGUUGGACAGUGGCACACACCAGGGUGAGAGCGGUGCUCGUAAAGGCGGCAGAUGGGGAAAUAAUGAGACCUACUGGAAAGAGCUCCAUGCUGCCAUGGCCCUGACCAACCUGGCCCAAGGAAAGGAGAGUGCAGCUCCAGGCACCACCAGCUGUAUCAUCCAGAAAUCUUCCCAUAUAGCAGAGAUUAAGACUGUCAAAGUGCCCACACAACCCCGACAUUAGUGGUAAACAGACUGGACGGCAGUCUUAUAAACUGUAAUAGGACCUAAUUGUUAAAAGACUACCUGAACACUUGAGUAUGUAUGUAUAUGCAAUAAUGAUCUUGAAAACUAACCACAACAGCCUUUUCUGAGAGGAAAAAUAUAUGGUGAUUGACCAGUGUGCCUAUUUUUCUACCACUGUCUUGUGAAAAAUGACACAGCUUAGAUGGUUACACAUUUGUUUUUUGGACUGUACCACUGAAAACAGAAGUACAGAAAUCUAAACAAUUCUGAUUUGUACAGUCAUCGUUUCUGAAAUACACUUUUUGUCAGUGGCUGAAAUGUAAUAUAUUCAUUUAUGUAUUCAAUUUUUAAGUUAUGUUCAUUUUAACAUUAUUCGACGGAGGAUUAUUGUCAUCCUUUGACAAUGGUAUAUAAACAUUGUUGGAUUCUUGAGUUUUUAAAGUGGAGCUUAUAAAGGAACUUUCUAAUGUUUCAAAUAUUUUACCCCCGAGUGAA